UUGCAUGUUUCCAAUAUUCUUCAGAUACUUCCUUGUGUUCAACAGAAGAAAGAAGAUUCAAACAGGUUUGUGACAAGUGGAAGAUGAGAAAAUGAUGACAACAUUUUCAUGCUUGGCUGAACAUUAAUUUUACUUCAGCGUAGUCUCUAUUUCAGAGGUCGCCACAGUGAAAUGAACAGUCAACUAUUUCAGCAUAUGUUUUAGGCAGCGGAUGCCCUUAAAGCCACAACCCAGUACUGGGAAACACCCAUACUAGCUCAUUUACUCACACACACACACACACACACACACACACACACACACACACACACACACACACACACACACACUCAUUCACUAUGGCCAAUUUUGUUUUACCCAAAUUCACCUAUAGAGCAUGUCUUUGGACUGUGGGGGAAACCGGAGCAUCCGUAAGAAAUCAACACCAACAUGGGGAGAACAUGCAAACUCCACACAGAAAUGCCAACUGGCCCAGCCGGGACUCAGUGACCUUCUUGCUGUGAGAGACCUCACAUUUGGCUGUGCUGUCGACAUCACCGGCACUUUAGAGAAGAGCCCAAGUAAGAGGCAGAAUGUGGAGUUACAAGCUCAGAGUAUUAAAGUGGUUGGAGAAUGUAAUCCAUUGGACUUUCCAUUUAAGAUCAAGGAGCGUCAUCCUCUGGAGUAUAUAAGGCAGUUUCCUCACCUCAGAUGCAGAACUAAUGCCUUCAGCUCCAUGCUCAGGAUACGCAGUGAAGCUACAGCCGCGAUCCAGUCAUUCUUCAGGGAUCACGGUUAUGUGCAGAUUCACACACCAGUCAUCACCUCAAAUGACUGUGAAGGAGCUGGAGAGCUUUUCCAGGUUGAGCCUACAGGUGAUAAAAAAGACUCAGAUGACCCACAUUUCUUCUCUGUGCCAGCUUAUCUAACAGUCUCAGGACAGCUGCAUCUGGAGGUGAUGGCAGGUGCUUUUUCAGCCGUGUACACAUUUGGACCUACGUUCAGAGCAGAGAACUCUCAAAGCAGGAGACACUUGGCCGAGUUUUAUAUGGUAGAGGCAGAGAUCGCCUUCACAGAGUCACUAGAUGACCUCAUGAAGGUAAUGGAGGACUUAUUCAAGGCUGCCACAGAGCAUGUGUUGUCAAACUGCACCGAGGAUGUGGAGUUAUUUCACAAAUAUGUGGCACCAGGACAUCGGGAGCAAGUGGAUCUCAUGUUGAACAGAAAAUUUAAUGUCAUUUCUUACACCGAGGCGAUAGACAUUCUCAAGAGCAGCUCACAGAACUUCACAUUCAGCCCCGAGUGGGGCUGUGAUCUUCAAACAGAACAUGAGAAAUUCCUUGUGAAACACUGCGGAAACACCCCUGUGUUUAUCGUUAACUAUCCCUACGAGUUAAAGCCGUUCUAUGCCAGAGACAACCAGGACCAGCCCAGACAUACUGCAGCUGCUGUAGACCUCUUGGUUCCUGGUGUCGGGGAGCUUUGUGGUGGAUCUCUGAGAGAGGAGAGACUUCAACUUUUGACACAAAGACUAUCACAGGCUGGAUUGGAGGACACAUAUACAUGGUAUCUGCAGCUGAGAGAGUUUGGCUCGGUCCCUCACGGUGGUUUUGGGAUGGGCUUUGAGAGGUACCUGCAAUGCAUUCUGGGACUCAACAAUAUCAAAGAUGCGAUUCCAUUUGCAAGGUUCUCGCACUCCUGCCAGCUUUGAUAAAGUGUUAUAAAAUGAAAA